AUAGACAUGCAAUCGUUCGUGAGGGUGGUGGUAUUCGUGUUUGGUAUGACGAUUAUACAACAAUUGAUUGGAUUCAUGAUUAUGUCAAAGAACGCGUUCGUGUUCGUAAAAUUCACUCGGUUAAAGGUGUUCGUGGUUAUUUUAUGAAAGCAUUUGAUAGUUUUCAGGGCUGGUUUCUGGUAUUUCUUAUCGGAGUCAUUACUGCCUAUGUUGCUGGUGCUGUAGAUCUUGCUGUGGAAUGGGGUUCCGGUCUUAAGGAAGGAUAUUGUUCCACUGAUGUUUUUAAAAACAAAAGCUUUUGCUGUUAUAAUAGUAGUAAUACCGAAGCCGACCAAUCCUGUAAUGAAUGGGUUACGUGGUCUCAAGUCUUUUAUAAAGAUUCUUGGUGGUUCAAUUAUUUCACUUAUGUUUUUGUUGCUUUCUGCUUCGCUGUCUGUGCUGCAAUACUUGUAAAAUACAAUUCUUUAUAUGCUACCCCCUCGUUAAAGAGUUCUUCAAGGAGUAGGUCAGGUAAUUUUAACGGCAAAAAAGAGCGAAAAUCGUAUGCAGCUGGGAGUGGGAUUCCUGAGGUUAAAACUAUAUUGAGCGGUUUCGUAAUUCGCGGUUUUCUUGGUGUUAGAACUCUUUGGGUCAAAUCCUUGACACUGGCAAUGGUUGUUACUGCAGGAAUGACGCUUGGCAAAGAGGGUCCUUUUGUGCAUAUUGCAUGUUGCAUUGGUAACAUCCUUAGCCGCAUGUUUAACAAAUAUAACAAAAAUGAGGGUAAAAGGAGAGAAAUAUUGUCUGCUUCAGCAGCUGCAGGUGUGAGUGUGGCUUUUGCUGCACCAAUAGGUGGUGUAUUAUUUUCAUUGGAAGAAAUAAUCGAUCCAUUUGGUACUGGUAAAAUCGUCAUGUUCCAAGUUUCAUAUGACAACGAUUGGCAUGUCUUUGAAUCCGUGUCAUUUAUAAUUCUUGGCGUCUUAGGGGGAGUGUUUGGUGCUAUUCUUAGUAAACUUAUUGCUCUGUACACUAAAUAUGUUCGUAACGGGACGUGGCUCAAAGAUCACCCGAUUACUGAAGUUGGAAUAGUGGUUAUUAUUACUGCUACAGUCAACUUUUUAACUAAGCACACAAGGGUUCCGGCUGGUAUUUUUAUUCCUUCUUUACUUAUUGGCGCAUGCACAGGAAGAAUGCUUGGACUUGCCGUUCAAUGGUUAACUUUAACAUACCCCGAUUUUCCAAUAUUUACAUCAGUAUGUGACCCUUAUAAGGUAAAUGAUUGUGUUAACCCAGGAGUGUAUGCUAUGGUAGGAGCUGCUGCAUGUUUGGCAGGUGUAACAAGAAUGACAGUAUCCUUGACCGUCAUCAUGUUUGAACUUACUGGCGCAUUGACUUAUAUUCUGCCAAUAAUGACUGCUAUUAUGAUUGCAAAAUGGGUUGCUGAUGGAAUUGUCAAACAUGGACUUUAUGAUCUUUUGAUUUCUCUCAAUGAUCAUCCAUUCUUGGAUUCCAAAGCAGAAUAUAUUACGACCGCAGCUACUGUGGAUCUUAUUCAAAGAGAUACCGAAGUUAUUGAUAUUAAUCAACGAAAUACUAUUUUUGAUCUGAAGACUAAAUUAAACAAAAUAGUCAACAGAGGGCAUUCAGAUGACGGUUUUCCAGUAGUUGAUGGUACACUGUUGGUUGGUUACAUUGCGGCAAAUGAACUUGAACAUGCAUUAAAACAUGUAGAUGAAUUACCUGAGUCAACAGAGUGUCAGUUCGGAAAAACUGAGUUUGAAAUAUCGAUACCAAAUGGUCAUGACCAUGAACAUAAAAUUACAAAUUUUACAGCUUAUACAGAUCUGGCGCCAUUGACUGUAUCAAAAAAUGCUUCAUUAGAAGUUGUACUUGAAUUAUUUAAAAAAUUAGGGUUAAGAUAUGUUUGUGUUGUAAACUGUGGACAUUAUGUUGGUGUCAUACAUAAGAAACAAUUAUUAGAAUUGAAUAUUGUAGUUGGAGAAACUUGGUGA